AUGAACGGCUGCGCAGGAACGGCUGCGCAGGAACGGCUGCGCAGGAACGGCUGCGCAGGAACGGCUGCGCAGGAACGGCUGCGCAGGAACGGCUGCGCAGGAACGGCUGCGCAGGAACGGCUGCGCAGGAACGGCUUGCGCAGGAACGGCUGCGCAGGAACGGCUGCGCAGGAACGGCUGCGCAAGAACGGCUGCGCAGGAACGGCUGCGCAGGAACGGCCUGCGCAGAAGCGGCUGCGCAGAAGCGGCUGCGCAGAAGCGGCUGCGCAGAAGCGGCUGCGCAGAAGCGGCUGCGCAGAAGCGGCUGCGCAGAAGCGGCUGCGCAGAAGCGGCUGCGCAGAAGCGGCUGCACAGAAGCGGCUGCGCAGAAGCGGCUGCGCAGAAGCGGCUGCGCAGAAGCGGCUGCGCAGAAGCGGCUGCGCAGAAACGGCUGCGCAGAAACGGCUGCGCAGAAACGGCUGCGCAGAAACGGCUGCGCAGAAACGGCUAGGCAGAAACGGCUGCGCAGAAACGGCUGCGCAGAAACGGCUGCGCAGAAACGGCUGCGCAGAAACGGCUGCGCAGAAACGGCUGCGCAGAAACGGCUGCGCAGAAACGGCUAGGCAGAAACGGCUGCGCAGAAACGGCUGCGCAGAAACGGCUGCGCAGAAACGGCUGCGCAGAAACGGCUGCGCAGAAACGGCUGCGCAGAAACGGCUGCGCAGAAACGGCUGCGCAGAAACGGCUGCGCAGGAACGGCUGCGCAGGAACGGCUGCGCAGGAACGGCUGCGCAGAAACGGCUGCGCAGGAACGGCUGCGCAGUAACGGCUGCGCAGGAACGGCUGCGCAGGAACGGCUGCGCAGGAACGGCUGCGCAGAAACAGCUGCGCAGGAACAGCUGCGCAGGAACAGCUGCGCAGGAACAGCUGCGCAGGAACUGCUGCGCAGGAACUGCUGCGCAGGAACGGCUGCGCAGGAACGGCUGCGCAGGAACGGCUGCGCAGGAACGGCUGCGCAGGAACGGCUGCGCAGGAACGGCUGCGCAGGAACGGCUGCGCAGGAACGGCUGCGCAGGAACGGCUGCGCAGGAACGGCUGCGCAGGAACGGCUGCGCAGGAACGGCUGCGCAGGAACGGCUGCGCAGGAACGGCUGCGCAGAAACGGCUGCGCAGAAACGGCUGCGCAGUAACGGCUGCGCAGGAACGGCUGCGCAGGAACGGCUGCGCAGGAACGGCUGCGCAGGAACGGCUGCGCAGGAACGGCUGCGCAGGAACGGCUGCGCAGGAACGGCUGCGCAGGAACGGCUGCGCAGCAACGGCUGCGCAGCAACGGCUGCGCAGGAACGGCUGCGCAGGAACGGCUGCGCAGGAACGGCUGCGCAGGAACGGCUGCGCAGGAACGGCUGCGCAGGAACGGCUGCGCAGGAACGGCUGCGCAGGAACGGCUGCGCAGGAACGGCUGCGCAGGAACGGCUGCGCAGGAACGGCUGCGCAGAAACGGCUGCGCAGAAACGGCUGCGCAGAAACGGCUGCGCAGUAACGGCUGCGCAGGAACGGCUGCGCAGAAACGGCUGCGCAGGAACGGCUGCGCAGGAACGGCUGCGCAGGAACGGCUGCGCAGGAACGGCUGCGCAGGAACGGCUGCGCAGCAACGGCUGCGCAGGAACGGCUGCGCAGGAACGGCUGCGCAGAAACGGCUGCGCAGAAACGGCUGCGCAGAAACGUCUGCGCAGAAGCGUCUGCGCAGAAGCGUCUGCGCAGAAGCGUCUGCGCAGAAGCGUCUGCGCAGAAGCGUCUGCGCAGAAGCGUCUGCGCAGAAGCGUCUGCGCAGAAGCGGCUGCGCAGAAGCGGCUGCGCAGAAGCGGCUGCGCAGAAGCGGCUGCGCAGAAGCGGCUGCGCAGAAGCGGCUGCGCAGAAGCGGCUGCGCAGAAACGGCUGCGCAGAAACGGCUGCGCACAAACGGCUGCGCACAAACGGCUGCGCACAAACGGCUGCGCACAAACGGCUGCGCACAAACGGCUGCGCACAAACGGCUGCGCACAAACGGCGGCGCAGAAACGGCUGCGCAGGAACGGCUGCGCAGGAACGGCUGCGCAGGAACGGCUGCGCAUGAACGGCUGCGCCGAAACGGCUGCGCCGAAACGGCUGCGCCGAAACGGCUUCGCCGAAACAGCUGCGCCGAAACAGCUGCGCCGAAACAGCUGCGCCGAAACAGCUGCGCAGAAACAGCUGCGCCGAAACAAAGCGGCUGCGCAGAAGCGGCUGCGCAGAAGCGGCUGCGCAGAAGCGGCUGCGCAGAAGCGGCUGCGCAGAAGCGGCUGCGCAGAAGCGGCUGCGCAGAAGCGGCUGCGCAGGAACGGCUGCGCAGGAACGGCUGCGCAGGAACGGCUGCGCAGGAACGGCUGCGCAGGAACGGCUGCGCAGGAACGGCUGCGCAGGAACGGCUGCGCAGGAACGGCUGCGCAGGAACGGCUGCGCAGGAACGGCUGCGCAGCAACGGCUGCGCAGCAACGGCUGCGCAGCAACGGCUGCGCAGCAACGGCUGCGCAGCAACGGCUGCGCAGCAACGGCUGCGCAGCAACGGCUGCGCAGGAACGGCUGCGCAGGAACGGCUGCGCAGGAACGGCUGCGCAGGAACGGCUGCGCAGGAACGGCUGCGCAGAACGGCUGCGCAGGAACGGCUGCGCAGGAACGGCUGCGCAGGAACGGCUGCGCAGAAGCGGCUGCGCAGAAGCGGCUGCGCAGAAGCGGCUGCGCAGAAACGGCUGCGCAGAAACGGCUGCGCAGAAGCGGCUGCGCAGAAGCGGCUGCGCAGAAGCGGCUGCGCAGCAGCGGCUGCGCAGCAGCGGCUGCGCAGAAGCGGCUGCGCAGAAGCGGCUGCGCAGAAGCUGCUGCGCAGAAGCUGCUGCGCAGAAGCGGCUGCGCAGAAGCGGCUGCGCAGAAGCGGCUGCGCAGAAGCGGCUGCGCAGAAGCGGCUGCGCAGAAGCGGCUGCGCAGAAGCGGCUGCGCAGAAGCGGCUGCGCAGAAGCGGCUGCGCAGAAGCGGCUGCGCAGAAGCGGCUGCGCAGAAGCGGCUGCGCAGAAGCGGCUGCGCAGAAGCGGCUGCGCAGAAGCGGCUGCGCAGAAGCGGCUGCGCAGAAGCGGCUGCGCAGAAGCGGCUGCGCAGAAGCGGCUGCGCAGAAGCGGCUGCGCAGAAGCGGCUGCGCAGAAGCGGCUGCGCAGAAGCGGCUGCGCCGAAACGGCUGCGCCGAAACGGCUGCGCCGAAACGGCUGCGCAGAAACGGCUGCGCCGAAACGGCUGCGCCGAAACGGCUGCGCAGAAACGGCUGCGCAGAAACGGCUGCGCAGAAACAGCUGCGCAGAAACAGCUGCGCAGAAACAGCUGCGCAGAAACAGCUGCGCAGAAACAGCUGCGCAGAAGCAGCUGCGCAGAAGCAGCUGCGCAGAAGCAGCUGCGCAGAAGCAGCUGCGCAGAAGCAGCUGCCCAGAAACAGCUAGGCAGAAACGGCUGCGCAGAAGCGGCUGCGCAGAAGCGGCUGCGCAGAAGCGGCUGCGCAGAAGCGGCUGCGCAGAAGCGGCUGCGCAGAAGCGGCUGCGCAGAAGCGGCUGCGCAGAAGCGGCUGCGCAGGAACGGCUGCGCAGGAACGGCUGCGCAGGAACGGCUGCGCAGGAACGGCUGCGCAGGAACGGCUGCGCAGGAACGGCUGCGCAGGAACGGCUGCGCAGAAACGGCUGCGCAGAAACGGCUGCGCAGAAGCGGCUGCGCAGAAACGGCUGCGCAGAAGCGGCUGCGCAGAAGCGGCUGCGCAGAAGCGGCUGCGCAGAAGCGGCUGCGCAGAAGCGGCUGCGCAGAAGCGGCUGCGCAGAAGCGGCUGCGCAGAAGCGGCUGCGCAGAAGCGGCUGCGCAGAAGCGGCUGCGCAGAAGCGGCUGCGCAGAAGCGGCUGCGCAGAAGCGGCUGCGCAGAAGCGGCUGCGCAGAAGCGGCUGCGCAGAAGCGGCUGCGCAGAAGCGGCUGCGCAGAAGCGGCUGCGCAGAAGCGGCUGCGCAGAAGCGGCUGCGCAGAAGCGGCUGCGCAGAAGCGGCUGCGCAGAAGCGGCUGCGCAGAAGCGGCUGCGCAGAAGCGGCUGCGCAGAAGCGGCUGCGCAGAAGCGGCUGCGCAGAAGCGGCUGCGCAGAAGCGGCUGCGCAGAAGCGGCUGCGCAGAAACGGCUGCGCAGAAACGGCUGCGCAGAAACGUCUGCGCCGAAACGGCAGCGCCGAAACGGCUGCGACGAAACGGCUGCGCCGAAACGGCUGCGCCGAAACGGCUGCGCCGAAACGGCUGCGGCGAAACGGCUGCGCAGGAACAGCUGCGCAGAAACAGCUGCGCAGAAACAGCUAGGCAGAAACAGCUGCGCAGAAACAGCUGCGCAGAAACAGCUGCGCAGAAACAGCUGCGCAGAAGCAGCUGCGCAGAAGCAGCUGCGCAGAAGCAGCUGCGCAGAAGCAGCUGCGCAGAAGCAGUUGCGCAGAAGCAGCUGCGCAGGAACAGCUGCGCAGAAGCAGCUGCGCAGAAGCAGCGCAGGAACAGCUGCGCAGGAACAGCUGCGCAGAAGCGGCUGCGCAGGAACGGCUGCGCAGGAACGGCUGCGCAGGAACGGCUGCGCAGGAACGGCUGCGCAGGAACGGCUGCGCAUGAACGGCUGCGCAGGAACGGCUGCAAACGGCUGCGCCGAAACGGCUGCGCCGAAACGGCUGCGCCGAAACGGCUGCGCCGAAACGGCUGCGCCGAAACAGCUGCGCAGAAACAGCUGCGCAGAAACAGCUGCGCAGAAACAGCUGCGCAGAAACAGCUGCGCAGAAGCAGCUGCGCAGAAGCAGCUGCGCAGAAGCAGCUGCGCAGAAGCAGCUGCGCAGAAGCAGCUGCGCAGAAGCAGCUGCGCAGAAGCAGCUGCCCAGAAACAGCUAGGCAGAAACGGCUGCGCAGAAGCGGCUGCGCAGAAGCGGCUGCGCAGAAGCGGCUGCGCAGAAGCGGCUGCGCAGAAGCGGCUGCGCAGAAGCGGCUGCCCAGAAGCGGCUGCGCAGAAGCGGCUGCGCAGAAGCGGCUGCGCAGAAGCGGCUGCGCAGAAGCGGCUGCGCAGAAGCGGCUGCGCAGAAGCGGCUGCGCAGAAGCGGCUGCGCAGGAACGGCUGCGCAGGAACGGCUGCGCAGGAACGGCUGCGCAGGAACGGCUGCGCAGGAACGGCUGCGCAGGAACGGCUGCGCAGGAACGGCUGCGCAGGAACGGCUGCGCAGAAGCGGCUGCGCAGAAGCGGCUGCGCAGAAGCGGCUGCGCAGAAGCGGCUGCGCAGAAGCGGCUGCGCAGAAGCGGCUGCGCAGAAGCGGCUGCGCAGAAGCGGCUGCGCAGAAGCGGCUGCGCAGAAGCGGCUGCGCAGAAGCGGCUGCGCAGAAACGGCUGCGCCGAAACGGCUGCGCCGAAACGGCUGCGCCGAAACGGCUGCGCAGAAACGGCUGCGCCGAAACGGCUGCGCCGAAACGGCUGCGCCGAAACGGCUGCGCAGGAACGGCUGCGCAGAAACGGCUGCGCAGAAACAGCUGCGCAGAAACAGCUAGGCAGAAACAGCUGCGCAGAAACAGCUGCGCAGAAACAGCUGCGCAGAAGCAGCUGCGCAGAAGCAGCUGCGCAGAAGCAGCUGCGCAGAAGCAGCUGCGCAGAAGCAGCUGCGCAGAAGCAGCUGCGCAGAAGCAGCUGCGCAGAAGCAGCUGCCCAGAAACAGCUAGGCAGAAACGGCUGCGCAGAAGCGGCUGCGCAGAAGCGGCUGCGCAGAAGCGGCUGCGCAGAAACGGCUGCGCAGAAGCGGCUGCGCAGAAGCGGCUGCGCAGAAACGGCUGCGCAGAAGCGGCUGCGCAGAAGCGGCUGCGCAGAAGCGGCUGCGCAGAAGCGGCUGCGCAGGAACGGCUGCGCAGGAACGGCUGCGCAGGAACGGCUGCGCAGGAACGGCUGCGCAGGAACGGCUGCGCAGGAACGGCUGCGCAGGAACGGCUGCGCAGGAACGGCUGCGCAGGAACGGCUGCGCAGCAACGGCUGCGCAGCAACGGCUGCGCAGGAACGGCUGCGCAGGAACGGCUGCGCAGGAACGGCUGCGCAGGAACGGCUGCGCAGGAACGGCUGCGCAGAAACGGCUGCGCUAAACGGCUGCGCAGAAGCGGCUGCGCAGAAGCGGCUGCGCAGAACCGGCUGCGCAGAAGCGGCUGCGCAGAAGCGGCUGCGCAGAAGCGGCUGCGCAGAAGCGGCUGCGCAGAAGCGGCUGCGCAGAAGCGGCUGCGCAGAAGCGGCUGCGCAGAAGCGGCUGCGCAGAAGCGGCUGCGCAGAAGCGGCUGCGCAGAAGCGGCUGCGCAGAAGCGGCUGCGCAGAAGCGGCUGCGCAGAAGCGGCUGCGCAGAAGCGGCUGCGCAGAAGCGGCUGCGCAGAAGCGGCUGCGCAGAAGCGGCUGCGCAGAAGCGGCUGCGCAGAAGCGGCUGCGCAGAAGAGGCUGCGCAGAAGCGGCUGCGCAGAAGCGGCUGCGCAGAAGCGGCUGCGCAGAAGCGGCUGCGCAGAAGCGGCUGCGCAGAAGCGGCUGCGCAGAAGCGGCUGCGCAGAAGCGGCUGCGCAGAAGCGGCUGCGCAGAAGCGGCUGCGCAGAAGCGGCUGCGCAGAAGCGGCUGCCCAGAAACAGCUAGGCAGAAAAGGCUGCGCAGAAGCGGCUGCGCAGAAGCGGCUGCGCAGAAGCGGCUGCGCAGAAACGGCUGCGCAGAAGCGGCUGCGCAGAAGCGGCUGCGCAGAAGCGGCUGCGCAGAAGCGGCUGCGCUGAAGCGGCUGCGCAGAAGCGGCUGCGCAGAAGCGGCUGCGCAGAAACGGCUGCGCAGAAGCGGCUGCGCAGAAGCGGCUGCGCAGAAGCGGCUGCGCAGAAGCGGCUGCGCAGGAACGGCUGCGCAGGAACGGCUGCGCAGGAACGGCUGCGCAGGAACGGCUGCGCAGGAACGGCUGCGCAGGAACGGCUGCGCAGGAACGGCUGCGCAGGAACGGCUGCGCAGGAACGGCUGCGCAGGAACGGCUGCGCAGGAACGGCUGCGCAGGAACGGCUGCGCAGGAACGGCUGCGCAGGAACGGCUGCGCAGGAACGGCUGCGCAGGAACGGCUGCGCAGGAACGGCUGCGCAGGAACGGCUGCGCAGGAACGGCUGCGCAGGAACGGCUGCGCAGAAGCGGCUGCGCAGAAGCGGCUGCGCAGAAGCGGCUGCGCAGAAGCGGCUGCGCAGAAGCGGCUGCGCAGAAGCGGCUGCGCAGAAGCGGCUGCGCAGAAGCGGCUGCGCAGAAGCGGCUGCGCAGAAGCGGCUGCGCAGAAGCGGCUGCGCAGAAGCGGCUGCGCAGAAGCGGCUGCGCAGAAGCGGCUGCGCAGAAGCGGCUGCGCAGAAGCGGCUGCGCAGAAGCGGCUGCGCAGAAGCGGCUGCGCAGAAGCGGCUGCGCAGAAGCGGCUGCGCAGAAGCGGCUGCGCAGAAGCGGCUGCGCAGAAGCGGCUGCGCAGAAGCGGCUGCGCAGAAGCGGCUGCGCAGAAGCGGCUGCGCAGAAGCGGCUGCGCAGAAGCGGCUGCGCAGAAGCAGCUGCCCAGAAACAGCUAGGCAGAAACAGCUGCGCAGAAGCGGCUGCGCAGAAGCGGCUGCGCAGAAGCGGCUGCGCAGAAACGGCUGCGCAGAAGCGGCUGCGCAGAAGCGGCUGCGCAGAAGCGGCUGCGCAGAAGCGGCUGCGCAGAAGCGGCUGCGCAGAAGCGGCUGCGCAGAAGCGGCUGCGCAGAAGCGGCUGCGCAGAAACGGCUGCGCAGAAACGUCUGCGCCGAAACGGCUGCGACGAAACGGCUGCGCCGAAACGGCUGCGCCGAAACGGCUGCGCCGAAACGGCUGCGCCGAAACGGCUGCGCAGGAACAGCUGCGCAGAAACAGCUGCGCAGAAACAGCUAGGCAGAAACAACUGCGCAGAAACAGCUGCGCAGAAACAGCUGCGCAGAAACAGCUGCGCAGAAGCAGCUGCGCAGAAGCAGCUGCGCAGAAGCAGCUGCGCAGAAGCAGCUGCGCAGAAGCAGCUGCGCAGCAGCAGCUGCGCAGGAACAGCUGCGCAGGAACAGCUGCGCAGAAGCAGCUGCGCAGAAGCAGCGCAGGAACAGAUGCGCAGGAACGGCUGCGCAGGAACGGCUGCGCAGGAACGGCUGCGCAGGAACGGCUGCAAACGGCUGCGCCGAAACGGCUGCGCAGAAACGGCUGCGCCGAAACGGCUGCGCCGAAACGGCUGCGCCGAAACGGCUGCGCCGAAACGGCUGCGCAGGAACGGCUGCGCAGAAGCAGCUGCGCAGAAGCAGCUGCGCAGAAGCAGCUGCGCAGAAGCAGCUGCGCAGAAGCAGCUGCGCAGAAGCAGCUGCGCAGAAGCAGCUGCCCAGAAACAGCUAGGCAGAAACGGCUGCGCAGAAGCGGCUGCGCAGAAGCGGCUGCGCAGAAGCGGCUGCGCAGAAGCGGCUGCGCAGAAGCGGCUGCGCAGAAGCGGCUGCGCUGAAGCGGCUGCGCAGAAGCGGCUGCGCAGGAACGGCUGCGCAGGAACGGCUGCGCAGGAACGGCUGCGCAGGAACGGCUGCGCAGGAACGGCUGCGCAGGAACGGCUGCGCAGGAACGGCUGCGCAGGAACGGCUGCGCAGGAACGGCUGCGCAGGAACGGCUGCGCAGGAACGGCUGCGCAGGAACGGCUGCGCAGCAACGGCUGCGCAGGAACGGCUGCGCAGGAACGGCUGCGCAGGAACGGCUGCGAACGGCUGCGCAGGAACGGCUGCGCAGGAACGGCUGCGCAGAAACGGCUGCGCAGAAACGGCUGCGCAGAAACGGCUGCGCAGAAGCGGCUGCGCAGAAGCGGCUGCGCAGAAGCGGCUGCGCAGAAGCGGCUGCGCAGAAGCGGCUGCGCAGAAGCGGCUGCGCAGAAGCGGCUGCGCAGAAACGGCUGCGCAGAAGCGGCUGCGCAGAAGCGGCUGCGCAGAAGCGGCUGCGCAGAAGCGGCUGCGCAGAAGCGGCUGCGCAGAAGCGGCUGCGCAGAAGCGGCUGCGCAGAAGCGGCUGCGCAGAAGCGGCUGCGCAGAAGCGGCUGCGCAGAAGCGGCUGCGCAGAAGCGGCUGCGCAGAAGCGGCUGCGCAGAAGCGGCUGCGCAGAAGCGGCUGCGCAGAAGCGGCUGCGCAGAAGCGGCUGCGCAGAAGCGGCUGCGCAGAAGCGGCUGCGCAGAAGCGGCUGCGCAGAAGCGGCUGCGCAGAAGCGGCUGCGCAGAAGCGGCUGCGCAGAAGCGGCUGCGCUGAAGCGGCUGCGCAGAAGCGGCUGCGCAGAAGCGGCUGCGCAGAAACGGCUGCGCAGAAACGGCUGCGCAGAAACGUCUGCGCCGAAACGGCUGCGCCGAAACGGCUGCGACGAAACGGCUGCGCCGAAACGGCUUCGCCGAAACGGCUGCGCCGAAACGGCUGCGCCGAAACGGCUGCGCAGGAACAGCUGCGCAGGAACAGCUGCGCAGAAACAGCUGCGCAGAAACAGCUAGGCAGAAACAGCUGCGCAGAAACAGCUGCGCAGAAGCGGCUGCGCAGAAGCGGCUGCGCAGAAGCGGCUGCGCAGAAGCGGCUGCGCAGAAGCGGCUGCGCAGGAACGGCUGCGCAGGAACGGCUGCGCAGGAACGGCUGCGCAGGAACGGCUGCGCAGAAGCGGCUGCGCAGAAACGGCUGCGCAGAAGCGGCUGCGCAGAAGCGGCUGCUCAGAAGCGGCUGCGCAGAAGCGGCUGCGCAGAAGCGGCUGCGCAGAAGCGGCUGCGCAGAAGCGGCUGCGCAGAAGCGGCUGCGCAGAAGCGGCUGCGCAGAAGCGGCUGCGCAGAAGCGGCUGCGCAGAAGCGGCUGCGCAGAAGCGGCUGCGCAGAAGCGGCUGCGCAGAAGCGGCUGCGCAGAAGCGGCUGCGCAGAAGCGGCUGCGCAGAAGCGGCUGCGCAGAAGCGGCUGCGCAGAAGCGGCUGCGCAGAAGCGGCUGCGCAGAAGCGGCUGCGCAGAAGCGGCUGCGCAGAAGCGGCUGCGCAGAAGCGGCUGCGCAGAAGCGGCUGCGCAGAAACGGCUGCGCAGAAACGGCUGCGCAGAAACGUCUGCGCCGAAACGGCUGCGCCGAAACGGCUGCGACGAAACGGCUGCGCCGAAACGGCUUCGCCGAAACGGCUGCGCCGAAACGGCUGCGCCGAAACGGCUGCGCAGGAACGGCUGCGCAGAAACGGCUGCGCAGAAACAGCUGCGCAGAAACAGCUAGGCAGAAACAGCUGCGCAGAAGCAGCUGCGCAGAAGCAGCUGCGCAGAAGCAGCUGCGCAGAAGCAGCUGCGCAGAAGCAGCUGCGCAGGAACGGCUGCGCAGGAACGGCUGCGCAGGAACGGCUGCGCAGAAGCGGCUGCGCAGAAGCGGCUGCGCAGAAGCGGCUGCGCAGAAGCGGCUGCGCAGAAGCGGCUGCGCAGAAGCGGCUGCGCAGAAGCGGCUGCGCAGAAGCGGCUGCGCAGAAGCGGCUGCGCAGAAGCGGCUGCGCAGGAACGGCUGCGCAGGAACGGCUGCGCAGGAACGGCUGCGCAGGAACGGCUGCGCAGGAACGGCUGCGCAGGAACGGCUGCGCAGGAACGGCUGCGCAGGAACGGCUGCGCAGGAACGGCUGCGCAGGAACGGCUGCGCAGGAACGGCUGCGCAGGAACGGCUGCGCAGGAACGGCUGCGCAGCAACGGCUGCGCAGGAACGGCUGCGCAGGAACGGCUGCGCAGGAACGGCUGCGCAGGAACGGCUGCGCAGAAACAAGCGUCUGCGCAGAAGCGGCUGCGCAGAAGCGGCUGCGCAGAAGCGGCUGCGCAGAAGCGGCUGCGCAGAAGCGGCUGCGCAGAAGCGGCUGCGCAGAAGCGGCUGCGCAGAUGCGGCUGCGCAGAAGCGGCUGCGCAGAAGCGGCUGCGCAGAAGCGGCUGCGCAGAAGCGGCUGCGCAGAAGCGGCUGCGCAGAAGCGGCUGCGCAGAAGCGGCUGCGCAGAAGCGGCUGCGCAGAAGCGGCUGCGCAGAAGCGGCUGCGCAGAAGCGGCUGCGCAGAAGCGGCUGCGCAGAAGCGGCUGCGCAGAAGCGGCUGCGCAGAAGCGGCUGCGCAGAAGCGGCUGCGCAGAAGCGGCUGCGCAGAAACGGCUGCGCAGAAACGUCUGCGCCGAAACGGCUGCGCCGAAACGGCUGCGACGAAACGGCUGCGCCGAAACGGCUUCGCCGAAACGGCUGCGCCGAAACGGCUGCGCCGAAACGGCUGCGCAGGAACGGCUGCGCAGGAACGGCUGCGCAGAAACGGCUGCGCAGAAACAGCUAGGCAGAAACAGCUGCGCAGAAACAGCUGCACAGAAGCAGCUGCGCAGAAGCAGCUGCGCAGAAGCAGCUGCGCAGAAGCAGCUGCGCAGAAGCAGCUGCGCAGAAGCAGCUGCGCAGAAGCAGCUGCGCAGGAACGGCUGCGCAGGAACGGCUGCGCAGGAACGGCUGCGCAGAAACGGCUGCGCAGAAGCGGCUGCGCAGAAACGGCUGCGCAGAAGCGGCUGCGCAGAAGCGGCUGCGCAGAAGCGGCUGCGCAGAAGCGGCUGCGCAGAAGCGGCUGCGCAGAAGCGGCUGCGCAGAAGCGGCUGCGCAGGAACGGCUGCGCAGGAACGGCUGCGCAGGAACGGCUGCGCAGGGACGGCUGCGCAGGAACGGCUGCGCAGGAACGGCUGCGCAGGAACGGCUGCGCAGGAACGGCUGCGCAGGAACGGCUGCGCAGGAACGGCUGCGCAGAAGCGGCUGCGCAGAAGCGGCUGCGCAGAAGCGGCUGCGCAGAAGCGGCUGCGCAGAAGCGGCUGCGCAGAAGCGGCUGCGCAGAAGCGGCUGCGCAGAAGCGGCUGCGCAGAAGCGGCUGCGCAGAAGCGGCUGCGCAGAAGCGGCUGCGCAGAAGCGGCUGCGCAGAAGCGGCUGCGCAGAAGCGGCUGCGCAGAAGCGGCUGCGCAGAAGCGGCUGCGCAGAAGCGGCUGCGCAGAAGCGGCUGCGCAGAAACGGCUGCGCAGAAACGUCUGCGCCGAAACGGCUGCGCCGAAACGGCUGCGACGAAACGGCUGCGCCGAAACGGCUUCGUCGAAACGGCUGCGCCGAAACGGCUGCGCCGAAACGGCUGCGCAGGAACAGCUGCGCAGAAACAGCUGCGCAGAAACAGCUGCGCAGAAACAGCUAGGCAGAAACAGCUGCGCAGAAACAGCUGCGCAGAAACAGCUGCGCAGAAGCAGCUGCGCAGAAGCAGCUGCGCAGAAGCAGCUGCGCAGAAGCAGCUGCGCAGAAGCAGCUGCGCAGAAGCAGCUGCGCAGGAACGGCUGCGCAGGAACGGCUGCGCAGGAACGGCUGCGCAGAAACGGCUGCGCAGAAACGGCUGCGCAGAAGCGGCUGCGCAGAAACGGCUGCGCAGAAGCGGCUGCGCAGAAGCGGCUGCGCAGAAGCGGCUGCGCAGAAGCGGCUGCGCAGAAGCGGCUGCGCAGAAGCGGCUGCGCAGAAGCGGCUGCGCAGAAGCGGCUGCGCAGAAGCGGCUGCGCAGAAGCGGCUGCGCAGAAGCGGCUGCGCAGAAGCGGCUGCGCAGAAGCGGCUGCGCAGAAGCGGCUGCGCAGAAGCGGCUGCGCAGAAGCGGCUGCGCAGAAGCGGCUGCGCAGAAGCGGCUGCGCAGAAGCGGCUGCGCAGAAGCGGCUGCGCAGAAGCGGCUGCGCAGAAGCGGCUGCGCAGAAGCGGCUGCGCAGGAGCGGCUGCGCAGGAGCGGCUGCGCAGGAGCGGCUGCGCAGGAGCGGCUGCGCAGAAGCGGCUGCGCAGAAGCGGCUGCGCAGAAGCGGCUGCGCAGAAACGGCUGCGCAGAAACGGCUGCGCAGAAACGUCUGCGCCGAAACGGCUGCGCCGAAACGGCUGCGACGAAACGGCUGCGCCGAAACGGCUUCGCCGAAACGGCUGCGCCGAAACGGCUGCGCCGAAACGGCUGCGCAGGAACAGCUGCGCAGAAACAGCUGCGCAGAAACAGCUGCGCAGAAACAGCUAGGCAGAAACAGCUGCGCAGAAACAGCUGCGCAGAAGCAGCUGCGCAGAAGCAGCUGCGCAGAAGCAGCUGCGCAGAAGCAGCUGCGCAGAAGCAGCUGCGCAGAAGCAGCUGCGCAGGAACAGCUGCGCAGGAACAGCUGCGCAGGAACAGCUGCGCAGAAACAGCUGCGCAGAAGCCGCUGCGCAGAAGCGGCUGCGCAGAAGCGGCUGCGCAGAAGCGGCUGCGCAGAAGCGGCUGCGCAGAAGCGGCUGCGCAGAAGCGGCUGCGCAGAAGCGGCUGCGCAGGAACGGCUGCGCAGGAACGGCUGCGCAGGAACGGCUGCGCAGGAACGGCUGCGCAGGAACGGCUGCGCAGGAACGGCUGCGCAGGAACGGCUGCGCAGGAACGGCUGCGCAGGAACGGCUGCGCAGGAACGGCUGCGCAGCAACGGCUGCGCAGCAACGGCUGCGCAGGAACGGCUGCGCAGGAACGGCUGCGCAGGAACGGCUGCGCAGGAACGGCUGCGCAGGAACGUCUGAGCAGAAACGGCUGCGCAGAAGCGGCUGCGCAGAAGCGUCUGCGCAGAAGCGUCUGCGCAGAAGCGUCUGCGCAGAAGCGUCUGCGCAGAAGCGUCUGCGCAGAAGCGUCUGCGCAGAAGCGGCUGCGCAGAAGCGGCUGCGCAGAAGCGGCUGCGCACAAGCGGCUGCGCAGAAGCGGCUGCGCAGAAGCGGCUGCGCAGAUGCGGCUGCGCAGAAGCGGCUGCGCAGAAGCGGCUGCGCAGAAGCGGCUGCGCAGAAGCGGCUGCGCAGAAGCGGCUGCGCAGAAGCGGCUGCGCAGAAGCGGCUGCGCAGAAGCGGCUGCGCAGAAGCGGCUGCGCAGAAGCGGCUGCGCAGAAGCGGCUGCGCAGAAGCGGCUGCGCAGAAGCGGCUGCGCAGAAGCGGCUGCGCAGAAGCGGCUGCGCAGAAGCGGCUGCGCAGAAACGGCUGCGCAGAAACGUCUGCGCCGAAACGGCUGCGCCGAAACGGCUGCGACGAAACGGCUGCGCCGAAACGGCUGCGCAGGAACAGCUGCGCAGAAACAGCUGCGCAGAAACAGCUGCGCAGAAACAGCUAGGCAGAAACAGCUGCGCAGAAACAGCUGCGCAGAAACAGCUGCGCAGAAGCAGCUGCGCAGAAGCAGCUGCGCAGAAGCAGCUGCGCAGAAGCAGCUGCGCAGAAGCAGCUGCGCAGGAACAGCUGCGCAGAAACAGCUGCGCAGAAACAGCUGCGCAGAAGCAGCUGCGCAGAAACGGCUGCGCAGAAGCGGCUGCGCAGAAGCGGCUGCGCAGAAGCGGCUGCGCAGAAGCGGCUGCGCAGAAGCGGCUGCGCAGAAGCGGCUGCGCAGGAACGGCUGCGCAGGAACGGCUGCGCAGGAACGGCUGCGCAGGAACGGCUGCGCAGGAACGGCUGCGCAGGAACGGCUGCGCAGGAACGGCUGCGCAGGAACGGCUGCGCAGAAACGGCUGCGCAGGAACGGCUGCGCAGGAACGGCUGCGCAGGAACGGCUGCGCAGGAACGGCUGCGCAGGAACGGCUGCGCAGGAACGGCUGCGCAGCAACGGCUGCGCAGCAACGGCUGCGCAGGAACGGCUGCGCAGGAACGGCUGCGCAGGAACGGCUGCGCAGGAACGGCUGCGCAGGAACGGCUGCGCAGAAACGUCUGAGCAGAAACGGCUGCGCAGAAGCGGCUGCGCAGAAGCGGCUGCGCAGAAGCGGCUGCGCAGAAGCGUCUGCGCAGAAGCGUCUGCGCAGGAGCGUCUGCGCAGGAGCGUCUGCGCAGGAGCGGCUGCGCAGGAGCGGCUGCGCAGGAGCGGCUGCGCAGAUGCGGCUGCGCAGGAGCGGCUGCGCAGAAGCGGCUGCGCAGAAGCGGCUGCGCAGAAGCGGCUGCGCAGAAGCGGCUGCGCAGAAGCGGCUGCGCAGAAGCGGCUGCGCAGAAGCGGCUGCGCAGAAGCGGCUGCGCAGAAGCGGCUGCGCAGAAGCGGCUGCGCAGAAACGGCUGCUCAGAAACGGCUGCGCACAAACGCCUGCGCACAAACGGCUGCGCACAAACGGCUGCACACAAACGGCUGCGCACAAACGGCUGCGCACAAACGGCUGCGCACAAACGGCGGCGCACAAACGGCUGCGCAGGAACGGCUGCGCAGGAACGGCUGCGCAGGAACGGCUGCGCAGGAACGGCUGCGCAGGAACGGCUGCGCAGGAACGGCUGCGCAUGAACAGCUGCGCCGAAACAGCUGCGCCGAAACAGCUGCGCCGAAACAGCUGCGCCGAAACAGCUGCGCCGAAACAGCUGCGCCGAAACAGCUGCGCCGAAACAGCUGCGCCGAAACAGCUGCGCAGAAACAGCUGCGCCGAAACAGCUGCGCCGAAACAAAGCGGCUGCGCAGAAGCGGCUGCGCAGAAGCGGCUGCGCAGAAACGUCUGCGCCGAAACGGCUGCGCCGAAACGGCUGCGACGAAACGGCUGCGCCGAAACGGCUGCGCCGAAACGGCUGCGCAGGAACAGCUGCGCAGAAACAGCUGCGCAGAAACAGCUGCGCAGAAACAGCUGCGCAGAAACAGCUGCGCAAAAACAGCUGCGCAGAAACAGCUGCGCAGAAGCAGCUGCGCAGAAGCAGCUGCGCAGAAGCAGCUGCGCAGAAGCAGCUGCACAGAAGCAGCUGCGCAGAAGCAGCUGCGCAGGAACAGCUGCGCAGGAACAGCUGCGCAGAAGCAGCUGCGCAGGAACAGCUGCGCAGAAGCGGCUGCGCAGAAGCGGCUGCGCAGGAAAGGCUGCGCAGGAACGGCUGCGCAGGAACGGCUGCGCAGGAACGGCUGCGCAGGAACGGCUGCGCAGGAACGGCUGCGCAGGAACGGCUGCGCAGGAACGGCUGCGCAGGAACGGCUGCGCAGCAACGGCUGCGCAGAAACGGCUGCGCAGAAACGGCUGCGCCGAAACGGCUGCGCCGAAACGGCUGCGCCGAAACGGCUGCGCCGAAACGGCUGCGCCGAAACGGCUGCGCCGAAACGGCUGCGCCGAAACAGCUGCGCCGAAACAGCUGCGCAGAAACAGCUGCCUCGAAACAGCUGCGCAGAAACAGCUGCGCCGAAACAGCUGCGCCGAAACAGCUGCGCAGAAACAGUUGCGCCUAAACGGCUGCGCCUAAACGGCUGCGCAGAAACGGCUAGGCAGAAACGGCUGCGCAGAAGCGGCUGCGCAGAAGCGGCUGCGCAGAAGCGGCUGCGCAGGAACGGCUGCGCAGGAACGGCUGCGCAGGAACGGCUGCGCAGGAACGGCUGCGCAGGAACGGCUGCGCAGGAACGGCUGCGCAGGAACGGCUGCGCAGAAGCGGCUGCGCAGAAGCGGCUGCGCAGAAGCGGCUGCGCAGAAGCGGCUGCGCAGAAGCGGCUGCGCAGAAGCGGCUGCGCAGAAGCGGCUGCGCAGAAGCGGCUGCGCAGAAGCGGCUGCGCAGAAGCGGCUGCGCAGAAGCGGCUGCGCAGAAGCGGCUGCGCAGAAGCGGCUGCGCAGAAGCGGCUGCGCAGAAGCGGCUGCGCAGAAGCGGCUGCGCAGAAGCGGCUGCGCAGAAGCGGCUGCGCAGAAGCGGCUGCGCAGAAGCGGCUGCGCAGAAGCGGCUGCGCAGAAGCGGCUGCGCAGAAGCGGCUGCGCAGAAGCGGCUGCGCAGAAGCGGCUGCGCAGAAGCGGCUGCGCAGAAGCGGCUGCGCAGAAGCGGCUGCGCAGAAGCGGCUGCGCUGA